UCUCCCCAGGGCGUCCCCGUGCUUAUCGUGGGCCACCACAUUCUCUACGGGAAGGUGGUGCAGCUGGAGAAGCCCUUCGCUGUCCUGAUGAAGCAGGCAGCCGGCGAGCCUGGCCCCACAGCGCCGCGUGCCCACUACGCCGUCACCGCCCUCAUCAAAACCAAGCUCCUCUUCAAAACUCGCCCCAAGCCCAUCAUCACCAACGUGCCCAAGAAAGUGUGA